AACAUACUUCCCGGCGGAGAGUCUGCAGUGUGCUGCCAGUCUGUGAGCUGGAGAGACACUCAGACGACACACUCAAGAGAAAUCCUCAAAGACAAACUUUGGUUGUAACUUCUUUUACUUUUUACGACUGUGGACUUUUGCUUUUCUUAUUUCCUCUGAGGGUUGAUUUAUUUCCACAGAAAGCUGCAAUGCUUCCAUUCUACCUUUUGACUUUUGCUGCCACCAUCCAGGCCCACAACCAGCUGUUGCCAGGCUCCUGCAACUUUGAGUCCAACACCUGCGGAUACACGUCAGAUGCAGACUUGACAAGCUGGACCCUGCACAAAGAUGGCCGUUUUGUUGCAGUGGAUGCAGCCAUGGAAUAUGACCUGGAGGAUGGGGUAACUGCAGAUGCCGGAUCACAGAGAGAGAUCACAGGGGUCCUGCUGAGCCCGGCUCUGGAGCAAGGAGAGUGGAGCUGUCUGAGGCUGGUCUACCAGAUCACUGAAUCAGGGCGCCUGGAAGUCCGGCAGCGCACAGAGGGCGAGAGCUUUGACAAACCGCUGUGGAGCAGCCAGGCGCCCUCUGACAGCUGGGUCAUCUCAAGCAUGGACCUGCAGAACAACACUGAGCCAUACAGGAUUGUCAUCGAAGGUAAACCUGGACAGAGCGCUGGGAACAGCGUGGCCAUCUUUGAGAUCCACAUAAGCCCCGGAUACUGCCUGGAGUGUGAUUUUGAGGAGUCUCACCUGUGUGGAUAUACUAACCAGUGGAACGCCAAUGUAAACUGGUAUGUUGGAGGAGGCGGGGUCCAGCUCCUCAAUAACAACAUACUAAAUGACCACACCUACAACAACAAGACAGGCCACUUGAUGUACGUGGACUCUGUCUACGCCAAGACUUUUAAAGAAGUGGCCAAGCUGGUGUCACCCAUGACGACGGUUCCGAUGUCCGGCUGCCUGAGUUUUCAGUACCAGCGAAGUGAGGAGAGAGGAAACCUGUUCUCAGUCUUCACCAGGGACCCGCUGGGUCAGUACCAGGAACUGUGGAGGGCUGGGACAGAAAACCAGAGCGACUGGACGCUUGGAGAAUGGAUACCUGUGCAGGUGGACAUGAAAGCACCAUACUCUGUGCAGGUGGUCUUUGAAGUGUCCUUUAACAGUCCCAGAGGCGGACGCGUUGCAGUUGAUGACAUUUCCUUUUCUCCAGAGUUCUGCAGUACAGACACUGAGCCGACCUUUGACCCUUCCAUCGCCAACUGUGACUUUGAGUCAGGUCUGUGCCGCUACAGCGAGGACAAGCUGACGGGGUCAUCGUGGAGGAGAGUAUCUGUGAAGCCCAACAUAUUUAGGAACGGAGACCACACCACAGGGGCAGGAUCUUUCCUGUUGACUCACUCCCGGCUGGGCCCACGCUACAAUUACUUCAGCUACCUGAAUGGACCAUAUCUGCCUGGGAACAUGAAGUACUGCCUGAGAUUUUUCUUUUCUAUGAGGGGUUUCAACCAGACGGACCGGGCUCUGGCAGUGUAUCUGGAGAAUAGGCAGAAUCUGAACCGGGAGAAGAUCUGGACUCAGGGGGAGAAGUCCAGAGGAAUUUGGAUUGCAACAGACGUCACCUUCCAAACGACAGAGCAUGCCAGGGUGAUUUUCAUCAGCACCUGCAAUGGCUUCUGGGACUGUGGCUCUGUGGCUUUGGAUGACAUCAGCUUGAGCCUCGGAGACUGUGAACUGACAGCAGGGUCGUUGUCGUCAUUGUCUCUCCCGGGACACUGUGACUUUGAAGCCGGCCUGUGCGGUUACACUCAGGACAAGCAACAAGACGAUGCUGACUGGGAGUGGAGGAGAGGACCCACCCCGACCUCGUACACGGGGCCUAGAGGAGACCACACCACGGGACUCGGAUACUACCUGCACAUGGAAGCGUCGCCCAUGCUGCCCGGUCAGAGAGUCCGACUGCUGUCCCGCGCUCUGAGGGGCUCCAGGGGGCCUCAGUGUCUGCGCUUCUUCUACCACAUGUACGGCUCAGGCACGGGCCAGCUCAGCGUUCACCUUGGCAAGGACGGAGAGGACGUGUUGCUGUGGCAACAAAGUGGCGAGCAGAGCAUCGCCUGGCUGCGGGCCACAGUGGAGUACCAGUGUGACAGCCAGCAUCAGAUUGUGUUUGAAGCGAUCAGGGGUUCAUCAGUGAUGAGUGACAUCGCCAUUGAUGACAUUGCCUUGGAAGGCGGUCCUUGCCCAGAAAUGAAGAUCAAGGCCACCGCGGGAACCUCCAACGAGAUCGAGUAGGAGGCGAGAGGAGAGCAGCUGUGUAGGAUGCAUGAACCCCUCCUUAUUUUGCACAUUACUCCUGACUCCUACAUGUCAAUCUGAACAUGUAGGGAUGUGGGUAAAAAGAAACUUCUCACGUAGUUCUGUUUUCAUGGAGCAACACAUAUCAGUUGUGUCAUAGUCAGCAUUUUCUCUGCACUGUAGCCACAGAGAGUGUGUUACACUGUGUUUUUCUUCACAUUUAUAUGCAUUAGAUUAAUGCUCAUUGCUCAAAUAAAGCGAGAUUACUCAACAGUA